GAUGACCAUGGUAGCAAAGUCUGCUCCAAGUUCAUUGUUGCUGUAACAGGCUGCUGCCAGACCACCGUCAAUCGGGUCAACUUCCAGAAACUGCUGACUAAGGUCGACGCCGGCAAGCCUGAACAUGGCAUGAAGUCACACUGGAAAAGACAGAGGCAGGACUCGAGAUCUUAUGAUG